AUGACGACGACCCAUGCUAUGAAAAGGAAAAAACGAACACGGAAAACCAAACGCAAGAUUACCAGAGUGGCCUGCUGGAACGUAACCUCGUGGAAUGGAAGAGAUCAAAAGGUGCUUAUCGAAAUGGAGAAACACAAGAUAGACAUAUGCGAAUUAUCAGAAAUAAAACGAAAAGGAAAGGGAACAGGUAGAUUCGACAAUUAUACCCUAAUAUACAGCGGCAAAGCUAAGCACGAAAGGACAAGCUCAGGAUUCGGCAUACUGCUGCACGAAAAAUAUACACAGGUCAUCGAAGAAAUAGAUUAUAUCAAUGAUAGUAUACUAAAAAUCUCCCUAAACCUAAACCAAACUACAAUGCACCUAGUUAAUAUAUACGCACCAGAUAUAUCCAAGCCCACAGAAGAGUCAGAAAGAUUCUACGAAGACCUUCAGAACACCGAAAUGAAUCAUCAUGAAAUCAUAAUUUUCGGAGAUCUUAACGCUCAAAUAGGAGAUGAGAUACUUCCAGGUGUCAAACAGAAACACAAUGAACCAACCUUCAAUGAAAACGGAGAGCUACUAAUCGACUUUUGUGCCAGAAACGAGUUGACAAUAAUAACACCUACUUCCCACACAAGGCACAACACAACUAAUAUAGGAACGGAUCACAAUCUCGUAUUAUGUAAACUUCUAACUGAACAACCCAGUAGCAUCAAAAAGUCGCCAGUAUGCAUCGAAAAAUACAACAUAGAAUCACUAGAAUCGGACAGCACGUGUAAACUGUAUGAAAACAGACUAACAGAUAGACUUAACGAGCUGGACCUCAACGAAUGCGAUGUGGAAACCUGCUGGAAUAAAAUUAAGAAAGCCAUCCUUCAGUCCGCUGAUGAAUCCAUAGGAAAAAGGAAAGAUCCCCAACCCAACAUCGACUCACGAAUCAAAACCAUCAAAAGGGAACACUGGAUUAAAUUCGCGAGCGACAUGGAUCACGACAUAUAUGGCGCCCAAAGGAAGGUGUGGAAGAUAUUGAAAAACAGAAAGAAACCGGUAAACGAAUUCGUCCAAAGUAAAGGAGUCUCAAUAGAAACGUGGGUUGAAUACUUCGAAAGACUGUAUAGCGCCAAUGAAACACAUGAAAUUGAAUAUCAAACAGCAGCCAGCGCAACGGUUUCAAAGGCGAAAGUAAAAGAAAAACUAAGGAAAGCUAAAAACAGAAAAGCACCAGGUACGGAUAAAAUACCAAACGAACUCCUGAAACACGGUUGCCAUAAGCUUAUAACAACACGCACAUCACUGUGCAAUAAAAUCCUGAGCAAAGGAGAAAUACCAAACGAAUGGCACACGAGCAUAACAAUUCUCAUCUUCAAGGAAGGACAAAAAACAUCCCCUGAUAACUACAGAGGAAUAACCUUACUGUGUACAACAAUGAAACUGUUCACGGCCCUGAUAAAAGACAAACUGGAGAAUCACAUAACCAAUAGGGAAGAACAACAGGGAUUUAGAAAGGGACCUAACUAA